GACAGGACACAGGGACACCGUGGGGACAGGGGAGGUGGGACCAUGGGGACAAGGCACAUGGGGUCUUGGGGACAAGGCACACAAGACCUUGGGGACAAGGGACUCACGGGGAUGGGACACUGGGGACACUGGGGACAGAGCAUGAGGGACAUGGGGAUGGGACACAGGGGACACUGGGGACAGGCACGUGGGAGUUUGGGGACAGUGAUCGCAGCACCUUGGGGACAGCAAUCAUGGUGACGAUGGUGACAAGGUGAUGGCACCAUGGGGCAGGGGACACAGCUCAGGGGAUGGCACAGGGGACAUCCCCAUCAGGGUGACCGCGGGCAUCACUGGGGAUGCUGGCACCAGGUGGCAUUUCGCCAUCGCUCGGUGUCACUGUCACUCACCCGCCAAUUACCGGGGCGGGCCCUGUCCCCGCCCCGCCCGGCUCUAUAAAGCCACUGUCACCCGCGGGGACACGGCCCGCAGGACACGGGACAGGAUCCCGGGAGGUGACACACCUGCAGGUGCUGCUGGGGACGGGGACAAGCUCGGGGACAAUCCUACUGGCACCUGUGCCACCUGUGCCACCCUCUCCACAGGCCCAGCCAUGUCACGCACAUCCAGAGCUGCCCUCAGCAGAGGGACACCCAAGGGACACCCGGAGGUCAUGGCAGAGAGCGGGGACAGGGACGAGGGUGUCAUCGACCCCGACAUGGUGGCCUUGUUCGAGGACUUCCUGGGGAAAGUGGUGACAGCGGCCUCCACGGAGGCUCGCCCGGUGGCCCAGCCCUACCACUACUGGCUGCGGGACACGGAGCAGCAGGGGCUGUGCCUGCGCGACGGCCACCUGGUGGCCACCAGCCUGCAGGGGGCCAACGCCGCCCAGGAAGAGCCCAUCAGCGUUGUCCCCAACCGGCACCUGGAGCGCCGGCGCUGUCCCCUCAUCGUGGGCAUCCGCGGUGGCACCCGCGCCCUGUCCUGUGGCACCGGCCCCGAGCCACAGCUGAGCCUGGAGGACGUGGGGCUGCUGGAGCUGUUCUCGGGUGACAAGGACAGGGCCACGCCCUUCACCUUCUACAAGACCUUCGGGGGCUCCACGCACACCUUCGAGGCCGCCGCCUUCCCCGGGCUCUUCCUCAGCACGGCCACGGGCCCGGGCGAGGCGCUGGCCCUGGCACCGCCCCCCGGGGCCACCGCCUUCUACCUGCGCCGCAAGUGACACCGGGGACACCUGGGACUGGGGACAUCCCUGGUGCCACCACCGCCUUCUACCUGCGCCGCAAGUGACACCGGGGACAUCUGGGACUGGGGACAUCCGUGGUGCCACCACCGCCUUCUACCUGCGCCACAAGUGACACCGGGGACAUCCCUGAUGGGGACAUCCUUGGUGCCACCACCGCCUUCUACCU